AUGUGCCGCGUCACCGCCACCAUCGAGCCGCCGGGCGUGCUCUUCGGGCCGUCGACAGCGACGCUGGAGGACCACCAGCAUCUACCGUCGCCCUCCAAGCGAACCGGGGUGCAGUUCGUGCCGGGCGCCGGCGGCGUCCGAUUCAAGGACGAGGAGUUCGCGCGAGAGGUGCGAGAUAGGGUGGCAGAGCUUGUGGCAGCCGCUGCAGCUUCCGACGCAUCAAGCGCCAACACUCGGCUAGCGAGAAGGAUCGUCAAGUACCGGAACAUCCAAAGUGUGCAUUGA